AUGGGUAGAGUGUCAAGACGCGACAGACUCCCGCCUAAAGAGCCUGUUAUUCUCUUCACAUUCGCCUCGUCCCUCACUCCUAGCGCAUGGGACGCGGCGGGAGAUGCGGUGAACAACGCGCCAGGCCAGGCGCCUGCGCAUCCCGACAAAGAUCGCGAGACGCAGCUCGUAUAUUACAUCGGCAUAGCGCGAGGGCCGUCUAUUCUCGUUGAUUUCGGCCGGCACAGGAAGAUUCUGCGAAGCGCCGUCUCUGCCGUGCUGGCAGACGCUCCUCGGCACUGUAGCACAUACUCUUUGGGAUACGGUCGCACGAAUCUCUUCCUCUCCUUCGGUCAGGGUCUGAUCGCCUUCGCUGUCGCAGACGACGCUCUAGACCGCUGCAGGGCGUUCCAGAUUCUCUCCCAGCUUCGAUCCACCGUCAUCCACACUCUCUCCCACACGCUCUCGCCGCACGCCCCCUCGCUCCCGCACCCCCGCUCGCACUCGCGGGCCGCUCUCGCCGCCGCGAACGCGCUCCGCCAGCCGCCGCAAAGACCAGUAACCGCCCCUCCUGCGAGCAAGUGCAACUGUGUAACGGUUACAAGUCUGCCGGAGCGUACGGACUCGCCCGUGCCAACCGCGCUCCCUGCAGCAGCACAGGACGGCGAGACACCAGCCACGGCGGCAGCUACCCCCCACAGUAGCGCGACUAGCGCCGACACAGAUCCAGUUAAGACUGAUUCGACCGCCAUUACUACCAGCAGCAGCAGCAGCAGCAGUAACGCGUUUCCAUCUGGUCGAUCGGCGAAGAUGGCUCGCUCUUUAUCCGCGCAUUUCGCGCCUACAUUUCUAGCAGAUUGCCUGGAAGCGACCUUCAAGGAGGUGGUUCGAUCCGCUAGAGGCCGACUCCGUAAGCGCACAGUGCUGCAACUGUACCCCGACGCGCCGCACGCUUAUCUUGUGAAUAAAAAGAACAUGCAUGAACCGGAUAUUCUGGACCCGUUAGAAGCCGGCUGUAACGGUGCCAGCAGCAGGCUUGUAACGGGUACAGGCGCGUCGGAACACAGCAGCAGCAGCUCAGGCGAAAAUCUCAACCGGAGCGGGAGGGAAGGAACGGGAGGAGCAGGGGGAACCGGAGGAAGCUUCCAGGGCGGAAGGGAGAACCUUCUUAGCUCGCAAGUGAGCGCGCGGGAAUCCCUGAUGAGCGAGCUUUCUGAUAUGAUGGCGGAUUUCGAAGUGGGCGACUUUGGGGAGAAGCUCGUCGUGUCGCGGACGGGGCGAGACGAUGAAUACGUGGACGAUGAUGAGUGGUACAGGCAGACACGCGGGCAACCCCCCAUGAUGACCACCAAUGCGCGCGGCCUUGGGAUUGGAUCCGGGCGAGGGUUAGGGUUAAGGUCUGGUGCGGGAGCGGGAGGGGGAAGAGGAGGCGGGGAAGGUGGAGGGGGAGGCGGAAGGGGAGGCGGAGGGGGAGGCGGAGGGGGAGCGGGGAUGGGGAACAGUCCGCUGCUGGAUUUCGCUGCGCAUGCGCGGGGGGCGGGGAUGUUCCCGUCGCACUCGCACUCCGCCGUGUUCGCCCCAACGGGCGCCCGCUCCGCGUCCCUCGGCGUGGGGCAACCGCUGCCCAUGGUUCCCGCGGAAUAUGCGGGGCUCGUUCCUAUCAGGUCGGGGGGAGGGGCGGCGGGCAUUGGGGUGGGAAUGGGUGGAGGGAUGGGAGGAGUAGGAGGGAGGGGGACCGAGCAGCAGCAGCAGCAGCAGCAGCAGCAGCAACAGCAGCAGGCGCAUGCGUUUCCGCGGGCAGCAAUGGGGGGCGUGUUGAGAGAGGGGUAUGCAGAGGGGGGUGCAUUGGAGCAGCAGAGGGAGCACAGAGGAGCAGGCAGCGGAGAGGGGAGCGGAGAGGCACAAUCAGGAGCAGCUACAGCAGCUCGGCACAAUAUCUCUCUCUCCCACACUGAACCCACUUCAGACCUCACCACAGUGGUUCCAGAUUUUCACCUGAACCCCAACCUGACAGGGCACGUGGCAGCAGGGAGGCAGGGAGCAGGCGGGGGGCGGAAGCUAGGGGAAGGGCACAGGCGCAUGGGGGGCAGUGAGGGCGCCCUUGGCGCGCUAGACACCAGCGCCCUGGAGGGCAGCAUUCCGAACAGCAGUGGCUUUACAAGCAGCGGUUUUGGGAACAGCGGUUUUGAGGGUAGCGGUUUUGGAAGGAGCGGUGGGGAAGCAGGGACAGCAGGGGUGGGUGCACGUGGCAACGAAGGGUUUUAUCCCCUUGGUGGUGCUGCUGGGUUUCCCCCUACAGGGUUUUCGCCUGCAGGGUUUUCGCCGGUUGCUGCUGGGGGUGACAUUGGGAAUAGUGUAGGCAACUUCUUGUUCAGUACCAGUUUCAAUGCGAGUACUGGCAGCAGCACCGGUGGCAUUGGCAGUAUGGGAAGCAGCAGCAAUCCGUUCGAGGAAGCAGCCAAUCGGAUCAAGAGUCAGAGAUCCGAGUUUGAUAACCUCUUCCCGCCGCAAUCACCAGCAGAGGAUAUAGAGGAGGACGAGGAAUUCGACCGGACCGCCCUCACCGGACCUGCAGGUUCGGGCGGGAAGGAGUUCGUCCGGGCGCAGGCUCGGCACCAGGCUCGGGAGUGGGGCACGAUGCGCAUGCGGCUGAAAUCGGGGCAGAUGUCUCCGAUGCUCAAGGGGGCUUUAAGUGUGUUUAGAAGCCCGACUGUGCAGGAGAAAACGACAGGGGGGAUGCGGCCGGCUACUGCUGCCCGGAUUUCGGCUUUAACUGCUGGAGGGGGUGGGGGUGUGAAAGGGGAUGAGAAGUGGAGUGCUGGGCUCAAGCCUUUAUGGGCCUCAUUUAAGAAGGGGGCUAGUGGGAAGGAGAAGGAGGGGGGCAGUGGGAAGGAGCGAUAA